AGAAUGUACCAGAUGCAUGUAGAGGGGCAGGUGAAGGGGGUGGGCCAGCGGAUUCAGCGAAGAUGAUGAACAUGGCCGAUAGAGCAGAAGUAAUGGCAUUGCUAGAGCAGAGAGACAAUUCGCUGUUGAGAAAUUUGACAACACAACUGGACAUGAGACGUCAUGAGUUAGUUAAGGAAAUAUUUGGGCAGACUUGCAGUACAGGUGCAAACAAGGUAGGGACUGAGCAAAAUGUUUCAUCGUCAGUGGCACCAACUAGGUGUGGUGCUAAAGUUGACAUUGGUAUAUCAGGAGACAAUGAUGCAGCAGGUGUGGGAGACCCUGGUAGGGUUGGAAGGGGAAAUCGAAGGAAUGAACAAGGGAUGCGGUACAAGGUAUGCGCGGUGCGCCGUAAGCGAGGUGGGAGUGAAGCACGGGCAACUUUCGAAUGCGCUCAUGAAUGUACUGGUGCCGAAGGUGAGGUCCAACCGAAGAAGAAGACGAAGGUUCUAAUGGGUUAUGACGAACAAAUCAAGAGAGCAGGAGAUAACUUGGGUACGGCAGAGGCACCGCUGCCACGAAGCAUAAGGGACAACAGUUUGAUAGUACCGUGGAUGAUAAAAUCGAUAGGAUUUUUCAAUAAUGCAGUUGGCAGUGCAGUGAAUGUACAUAUUGGGUAUGGGUAUGCAGGUACCUCUGGGAUGGGCCAUAAUAAGAAAGCAUUGUUUAAAAGGACUAGAGUACGGAAGGAAUGUAACAUUAAGAGACAACGCAAGAAGCGUGGGGUUGCGGAGGAACCACCUUUCCCAUUUGGACGUAAUAGAAUUCAGGUUAUAGCAGAAGCGGCACAUGAAGUAUAUGAUUGGGUCAUGAACUGUACAUCAAUUGAAUUGAAGCGAGAGUGGAUAGCUCACACGCGCUCCAGUAUGGAGACACGGAUAAAGGGCGAGCGGCUAAAAGCUGAGAUGAGCAUUGGUGGCCGCAUCGGAAAUGACGUGUGCUCGCUGAUUUUCCGUAUUCUGGAGAGGGAAGACCAUGAAUUGUAUAAGUACCAGGUGGUGAAAAGAAGUCGUCACUUCAUUCCACCAGAAUGGGGGGUCCAGGUGUUGAUCCAAGGCGACUACCUCAACUCGGACAAGGUGAAGGCAAUGUUUAUAGCAGCCGGGUUGGGCUAUGAUCCAAAAGAUUAUGAACUGGUAAGAAUUAACAAUUAG